AUGCUACCUCAUGGUUCUCCUGAGCUAGUUGCUGUUUUGCCUGGAAAAAGUUCUUGUACUAGACGUAUUCUCAGAAUUUUUCCUGGUACCUGUAAGCUUUUUCAACCGUCCUAUUCCUCAGGUCCCAGCACAGUUAGUGAUCUAUCAGAGCUGCGCCAGAUAAAAAUGUUGAUGUUCCCGACUCUUUGGAAUGCCUUUUGUGAGGACAGUUCAUCAUGGGGAGCAAACGGUCCUGAAAUAUCGCAUAAUGAAUUUAUUUUCUCUCUUGAAAAGCUAGGUAUCUUGGUAUUAUACACUAAUGCUAAUUCAGAUGCAAGUGCUUUAAAAUCUAGUCUACACUCACUUAAUGAUUCCACCCAAAUUACUGGACUAGAGUCGAGAAAUCUGAAUACCCCUGAGCUUCUCUGGAACUUAAUGAAAGGUGUCACAGACAAAUCAACUAUCAAGCUUUGCUUCCAAUCUGCCAUUCAAUAUUGUCUUGAGAACCCUGUCGUUAUUCAUGUAAGAGCUUUUAUUUAUAUUAUCCAGUUGAAUUCUCUCGAUCAUUCACAGUUUUCACGCCGUUUGAAGGAUUUGGCAACAGCUAAAAUGGAGCUGGGCAAGACAAAUCGCUUUAUUUUAGCAGAUACUUUUAAUAUGAGCUCCAAAAGUGCCUUUAUUUUGCAUGGUAUUGAACCAUUGCUAGAGCUUGCUAUUCCCGGCUUGCUGCUUGAAUGCAGUACCUUUGACGCAAAAUCUCGAUAUUCGUUAGCAUAUGAUUCAAAAAAUCAAUUUUCCUUCAUUAAAAGCAACUUUGAUGAGCACUUAGAUACCGUCCUUUGCCUCACUCCUUUCGAUUUAGGAGCCCAAUUAUCUCGGCUACACAGGCUUUAUUUAGCUGCCUGUACCUUGAAAAUAUUUAGUCUUUACUGUUCCUCUAGUCAUGUAGAGCCCAUAAUCAGGUCCCUUCCAGACUUGUAUGUUUUAAAGAUGGAUACUGACAGGCCUUCCAAGAUUUCCAAGCGCCUCGUUUACGAACUUGUGCCCCAUCGAGAGGGUGAGUUGGCAUAA